AUGUCCAGCACCUCUCUCCCCUCCAAAUUCGGCCUCAUCCUGUUCCCCGGCUUCCAACUCCUCGACGUCGCAGGCCCCCUCGACGCCUUCAACAUCCUAGGCUACACGCACAAAAUCUCCCUCAGCAUCCUCGCUGCAACCCUCGAUCCAGUCUCGACGCACAACACGCUGCACGCGCAGCAAGGCUCGCAAAUAUCCCAGUCACUCGUGCCAACCCACACGUUUGAUUCCGCGCCCGACGACCUCGAUGUCCUGCUUAUUCCCGGUGGCAUGGGAUCGCGGGGCGAGGGCAGCGACGAGCAUAUGGGCCCUCUCGUUGAGUAUCUUAAGAAGCUGGAUUUGAGCGGGCAGGGGAGACUGAAGUGGGUGCUUACGGUUUGUACGGGAAGUGAGAUUCUAGCGAGGACGGGGGCGCUGGAUGGACGCCGGGCUACGUCGAAUAAACGGGCGUUUAAUAAUGUCAAGGCUCUGCAUCCCAAUGUGGAUUGGGUGGCUAAAGCGAGAUGGGUGGUUGACGGCAAUAUCUGGACUAGUUCUGGUAUCUCGGCUGGCACGGAUCUGGCGUAUGCGUGGAUUGCGGAGGUUUUUGGCGAAGAUGCGGCGCAGACGAUUGCGGAUCGGAGUGAGUAUGAGAGAAAUCGCGAUUCGGGGAAUGAUCGGUAUGCGGAGGUUUGGAAGGCGGUGUAA